AUGUCUGAAAACGACACCCGUCCACAGGACAGCCACAGCGUCGGUACCACCCUGCGACAAGCCAUUCCUGGUUUCCAAGGGAUGAAGGAGUACCUGUUGGGUAAACCCACUUACUUCAGUGCAGUGUUCAACACCCUCAGCCCAGCCAUCAAACAGUCAUGGAUCAGCAACCUGCAGAUGGCUAAGCUGGCUCUAGAGGAGGACAACCUGCAGGGCUGGUUCUUCGCCGAGGAAGAUGGGAAUCAGAUCAAAAAGCAGAAACAUCCUCUUUUGCUUCGGCAAAUGCCUGUGGUCAUGUCAAAGCUGCAGGAGUUCAAGGUGGAAUGUGCCGUUCAUAAUCCAGAGCCCCACAUCAACACAGAGAGCACAGCUGAUACUCCGGUCGUGGGCCAUGGCUGUGUCUGGGUUGCGAGUUGCACCAACCAGAUGGGCCAGAUAUCCAUCGUGGCCAUGCAGAGCUCCAACCCUAAGGUGACUGAGUGUUUCAACGUGGAGUCCCGUAUCCUCUGCAUGACCUUCGUCCCUGCUGAGCAGCCUCAGGAGAACGGAGAGAAGGUUCCAGAAAAGAACUGUGUCCCUGCAGCGAAGGCCAGUGACUCCCCCAGUGUCUGUCUGGGCAUGGAGGAGGGCAGUAUCAUUGUGUAUAAAAGCAGCCAGCGAUCAAAGAAAGUGCGCCUGCAGCAUUUUUUCACCCCUGACAAGUCCACCGUCACCAGCCUAGUGUAUAAGAAACACUGUCUGUACGUCGGCCUGGUCAGCGGCUCUGUGGCCGUCUACUCCAGAUCACAAGAUGGUUUGUGGAGCCAUGAGAAGCCUAAGGUGCUGAAACUGGGAAUCCUGCCAGUGAAGGCCAUGCUGGCAGUGGAGGAGCACCUCUGGGCUUCAUCAGGUGGACAGGUCUUCAUCAUCAGCACCCUCACACACUCCAUAGAGAGGCAGCUGGAGGCCCACCAGGAGGAGGGCAUGGUGGUGUCCCACAUGGUGGUAGCCGGGGUCGGCAUCUGGAUCGCCUCCAGCUCCGGCUCCACUCUGCGCCUCUUCCACACCGAGACCCUGGAGCACCUGCAGGACAUUAACAUCGCCACACCUGUUCACAAUACCCUGCCUGGGAACCAGAGAGUGUCAGUGAGCAGCCUGCUGGUCUGUCAUGGUCUGCUGCUGGUGGGGACCAACCUGGGGGUCACUGUGGCCCUCUCUGUCCCCCGACUGCAGGGCAUCCCCAAGGUCACAGGGCGGGGCAUGGUGUCCUUACAUGCUCACAACGGUCCGGUGAAGUUCCUGAGCGUGGCUGCUGCGGUGUGUAACCGGCCCUCUGGCCCUCCAUCAUCCAACCCCCCCACCUCAGUGCAGCCAGCAGACACAGAGGAUGGGGAGACCUCGCAGCCCCCCCCAGACUCAGCCACGUCUCCCCCUCAGGGACGCGGCGUGUGGUUGGGGGAGGCAGGCUGCACCUCCAUGGCUCUCCAGGACUCCAUGUCCUCGUCCUGCAGCUCCUUGGCUCCGUCCCAGGGCUCCCUGGAGCACGGGCCGGAGGACGGGGCCCUCUAUGACACGCUGCACGACCCGGCCCACCACCUGAGGGGCCGCCGUGCCAGCAAGGUGGACGUCAGCUCUCUGCUGGUGGUCUCCGGAGGGCUGGGCCACCGCAGGGUCAACAAGAAGACCAAACAGUCUCGCCAUGACGACACCACCUCCACCAUCAUGGUCUGGCAGAUCCCCCUACUCAACAUGUACCAAAGCACCUCGGUCAGAGCAGCGCUGCACACUCACAAGGAGAUCUGACGUUGUUUGACAUUAUGGAUGGAUCAAAACUGAAACCAGGGGUCCAUCAAACACUCCACAAUACUCCGAGGAUGUUUCUAAUGAUGUCUCCCACUAUAAAAAAAAACUAAGGAUCAAUAUAACCACUCAAUCAUGAUGCUUCAUGAGCAAACAACUCCCCACAGGCCAGUCCGAAGUUAUGCUGUAUUUGUUAUGCUUGUUUAAAAACACUGAAAGGUCUUUAUUUUCACCCUCUGAUAAAGUUGUUGUUCUGUAACAUGGCUAAUACAUCCUCCACAGUGUUUGUUCCAUACAGUGGACUGUGUAGGACUGCAGUAUUCACAUCAGUGUUGAAAAGAAAGGAGACUUCCUCCUGCUUGAAAGGCGUGUACGGUAACGAUGGCGCUUUGAAUCUGUUACAUUAAGGUUUUAUUAAGAUUGGGAUUAGGUUUGAGUAAAGGAAGAGUUGUAAAUAUGAAGUAUGACAACUCAGGAUCACCUGUUUUGUAAUCAGAGGAAGGUUCUGUGUUUAUAUGGAAUCAAAUCCUGUUACUAUUGGACCAGCUUGGUGCUCGUACCAUUCUAUUACCAGAGGGAAGGGAUGUAAAGAAGGUGAAAUAUUGAUGACUGAAUUAGUUGGGAAGGCUUGAUGAGAAUCACUGGCUGGCCAGGUUUCUGUUCAUAAAGGCACGAAAGAGUUGUUAUCACUAGAGAUGUUUCCCCCCCAAUGUAUCCCCCCUUUUUGUCUCACAUAAGAAUAUUUAAAAAAAGAAAAAAAGC